GUGAGACAAACAGCUAGAAAAUUAACGAAAAUCUUUACUUUUCUAAUAUUAUUGACGAAUUUCGUGGCGAGAUAUUUUUCGACACAUACACAAGCACACAACCAAAAACAAAAAUAAUAUAUUGAUUUUGAGCAAAAAAAAGUCGAAAUUUUGAGCAAAAAAAAAAUCUACGGCAAGCCAAAAGAAAUCGUUUGGAUUGUGCUGCAGCGAGAGUGUAGAGCCUACAAAGCGCACGCUAUCUAUUGAACGCCACAGCGGUCGGUCAUUUACAUGCGAUUUUUUUUUUGGAAUAAUUGCACUUUUUGGAAUAAUUGCAGAGGUUUCGAAGUGCACAGGCGGCUGAUAAAAGAAACCAGCGCACACAAAACGAGCGGAAAAAUUAGCAGAAAUAUAUAAACAAAAACAAUAAUAAAAAUAAUAAAAAACAACUUUUCUCCGAAAAUUUCUUUACUCUUGAGCUGAGCAAAGUAACAACAAUAAAUCAUUAGAAAAAUAUUUAAAAUCUAUGCAAUUAAUAUAUGAAAUAACAAAAACAAUAAAUUCAUUGUGACAAUUACGCGAAAUCGAGCCAUCUGCUAGCCAGCUACAAACAUAUACGCAUACUUAUCGCACCACUCCCCGCUCGUCUGUGUCAGUCUACAAGCGCAGCAGCAACAAAAUCAGUAAAUCAGGCUAAUCUGAGGGUCGCCACGUUUAGUGGUCAAUUAGCUCAUCGAGUUUUUGGUGUGUUCGGCAACGAGUGGUAUAAAAUCACGGCGCUCGUCCGUUAGGCUUUCACAAAAGCAAUAAAAGAACUCGCCGCAGCCACAAGAAAGCCAAAGGAAAAGUAGUCAAGCAGCAGCCAAGUUAUAUAAGUGGAAAAAAUUGAAAAUUAAUUAAAAUUUGCAAAGUGUUUUGACCAGUGGUGUUAUAGUGAAAUUGCAGUGAAUUUCGAAAUUAAUGGAAAUCCAUUUCGCUUGGCCAUACAAAUUGAUUUUGGCACAAAUAAAAUAUCUAAAAUUGCCAGCAACACGCGCCCAAUUCACCGAGUGACCCAAGUGGACCAAACUAUAUAGAAGUAUCGAAAAUCAAGUAGCAAAUAGCAAAUAAAACACACAAGUGUGAUAAGCACGUGUAAAUCGUGAAAACUUUCGAAAAAGCGGCGAUUGUUCCUAAUUAACCUAAAAUCAGUAUUUUAGUUUUUAUACGAUAAAAGAAAAUUAUUAAAAAAAUAUAAAUUAUUAAUAAAAAUAAAAUAAUAAUAAAAAAUAUAAAAAAACAACAAUUUCCGCUCUCUUAAAAGAAAAAAUACAAAUAAAGAAACACCAACCAUGAAGUGCCAUAUUGUCUUGAGUUUGCUAUGCUUGCUUUGCCUGGCCGUGGGCAGUUACGGACGUGCACGUGACAUCUGCUUGGUACAACCUUCCAUAAGUGGUCUGUGUGUUUCCUCCACUUUGGGCAUUGUCUACGACGUGGAAACGCAACGUUGCAAAUAUAUGGGCUGCAGCUCCGAUAGGAAAUUGUUUGCAACACUUGAGGAUUGUGAGAAGAUUUGCAACAAUCCACGACAUCGACGACUACGUAGCAAAUACAACAACAAGACGAACAAUAUUAAUAGGGAAGAAUAAAUUGCAAUUUGCAUAGUAGCAAAAGAGAAAAAAUAUUGUAUUUAAGAUCAAAAUGAAAAGAACAAUGUAUUUCAAGCUUUUUGAUUUCGCUAAAUUUUAAUUAGUUUAUUUAUAAAAACGAUUGAUAUAUAUGUAUGUAUGUAGUAUAGUUGGUAGAUUGUAAGCGUAAUUUUAUUUUUGCAAAAUAUAUUUUUUGUUUUAAAAAAUUAUUAUAUAAACAAAA